AUGAGACUUCAGUGGUGUAUCGCCAUCAGCUGUCUUGUAGCUUCAGAUAAGACUUCAGCAGAUGUGAUAGGAGGAAAUGGAGCUUUUGCUCUAGCUCUAGAGGUGCUUGCACCACCCUUAAGGAGCCUGUGAUUUCCCUGGUGCUUUCACUUUGUUGCUGAAACAGCUGUUGUAAUCUACUGCACCUAUUUACUGUCUGAGAUAUUUCUCUACUGUUCAGCCACUGAGUAUUGUUAAAAGAAAUCAGACUGGGACAUUGCUAUUUCCUUGCUGUUCAUAAGGGAGAAGUGUUGAGGGAGCAGUAGUGCUCUCUUAACUACUCUCCUCAGAUUUGUGCUUCAGUCAAGCUGUUCUGUGGAAGCUAAACUAUCAGAAAAGCUUCAUAUUUAUUUUAUCACGACGGUUGUCUUGGGAGAGCAGGCUCUGACGGGAGCGAGAAUGCUCAGGAUGCCCAACUGCCUGCUAAAACUGACCAGGGUGGUGCUGAGCCACAAGCUCAGGGCUCUGUUUAUCCUCGCCUUUAAGUUCAUGUCCUUUGCCUCCAUCAUAUUAUACUGGAGAAUCGCGGAGCACCCUAAGGGCAGAGGCCAGCUCUACAGCUUGCCUGCUGAAAUCCUCUGUGCUCACUCUGUGCCUUCUCCUCCCCAUCCCGCUGUUGGUGGGCCCCCUCCUUCCCCAGGGGACGUGUUUUUUGUGGAGACCUCGGAGCGAACUAACCCCAGUUACCUGUUCAUGUGCUCCGUGGAGUCAGCGGCCCGGACGCACCCUGAGACAAGGGUCGUGGUGCUCAUGAAAGGUUUGGCAAGUGGUAACACCUCAUUACCCAGCCACUGGGGCUUCUCGUUGCUGAGCUGCUUCCCCAACGUGGAAGUCCGGCCCCUGGACUUGACAGAGCUUUUCUCUGGCACACCUCUGGCAAACUGGUACUUGCAGGCUCAGCAGCGCUGGGAGCCUUAUUUCUUACCCGUCCUGUCUGACGCCUGCAGAAUUGCCAUCAUGUGGAAAUUUGGUGGCAUCUACCUGGACACAGACUUCAUUGUGCUUAAGAACUUAAAGAACCUCACCAAUGUGCUUGGUACCCAGUCCAAGUACGUUCUGAACGGAGCCUUUUUGUCCUUUAAGCCCAAACACAAGUUCAUGGAGCUUUGCAUGCAGGACUUUGUGGAUAACUACAACAGCUGGAUCUGGGGGCACCAGGGCCCACAGCUCCUAACACGUGUCUUCAAGAAGUGGUGCUCCAUCAGGAGUCUUCGGAGCAGUACGAGCUGCAAAGGAGUGCGUGCUCUGCCCCGUGAGGCUUUUUAUCCCAUUCGGUGGCAGGACUGGAAGAAAUACUUUGAAGUGGUCAACUCUUCAGAGCUUCACCAACUCUUUAAUAACACCUAUGCAGUGCAUGUAUGGAACAAGAAGAGCCAAGGGACCAGGCUGGAGAUCACAUCCCAGGCUUUGCUGGCUCAGCUACAUUCUCACUUCUGCCCUGCCACGUAUGAUAUCAUGAAGAAGGACUCUGAACGGCAGUGA